AUGGAAACUGCGAGGCAUGAACAGAUCAAAGAGUUGCAAAACCAGAAGCGCGAAACGGAGGAACUCUACCAGAAACGCCUGGAAGAUGCGGAGAAACGUCUGCAGGACGCCGUCGAAGCACAUCAAGUUGAGAUUGCAAAGUUCGAAGCAACGUUGAGGGAGAAGACGUCGGAGCCCAAGAGGGAACUUGAAGAAUUGCGGAAGUCCAGCGCAGAAAUGACAGCCUCUCACAUUGAGCAAUGUGAAAAGCUGAAUAAGAAGAUCGCCGACUUGGAAAACCGUUUGAGUCAAGCAUCGAAAAACAAUGCCGAAAUGGUGGAGAACAUGCGUGGUAUGACGGCCCUUUUGGAGACAGAGGCAAAGAAACGCGAAGAGCUGACAGAGGAGCGGAAGAAAUGGUUGGCAGAGUUGAAUGAGAAAGAGCGACUUCUCGAUGAAGCUCGCAAUACCACCGAGGACGAUGCUAAGAUCAGCGCUUUGGCUGCCGAAAACGUUCGCUUGGCUAGUGAAGUUCUCAAGGCUCACUCACAGGCUGAGCAAACACUGCAAGUUGAGAAGGAGCUGAUUACGAAACAGUUCAAUGAAAAACUCAAAACGGCAACCAACGAACGCGACAAGUUGGCAAGUGAUCUCGAAGCUUUGAGGGCAAAAAUGAAAGUGAUGGAGUCCAGGAUCGAAGAUCAGCGCUCAUCUCUUGAACAGGCAGAGAAGAUUCGAAAAGACGAACUCUCCUCAAUUCAAGCUGAACUUGAUGCGGUCCGUAAAGAGAAGACGAUACUCAAAGAAGAUCUGGAGAACAUUCGCAGUAAUAAUAAUGGGCAUCCGGUACCGCCACCACGACGGACCAUUUCGAACAUGUCCUCCUAUACCUACAACACCCAAACGGACUUCAGUGAAAUUGAGGACGUUCACAAACUACGAAGUGAAAUUGAUAAGUAA